GCUGUGGUAGUGAGCGGGGAGCGGUUCGGGACAUGGUCCUGCGUUGGUGUUGCAGGAAAAGAAACAGGCUGAGCUUUGAUAGACGGGGCAACACCUAGUGAAAAAAAAAAAAAAAAGAGAGAGAGAGAGAGAGGGGGGGAGAGAGAGGGAGAGAGAGACAGACCGGGAGGCUACAGACGAGCUCGACCAAGCCUUUUAGCCUGUAAUAUGGGCUUCAUUUAAACACUACACCGAAACUGGUUUCUUUAUUUCUCUCUCUUCUGACACUACGGAGAAAAAGUGGGACAUUUUCUCUUCGUCCUGGGUUUUGGUUUGAAUUAAAAUAAGAGAGAGAGAGAGAGAGAGAGAGAGAGAGAGAGAGUGAAAAUGUCUCGGGGUGUGCUGCAGCCGAGCCAGCAGAAACUGGCCGAGAAACUCACCAUCCUCAAUGACCGCGGUAUCGGCAUGCUCACCCGCAUCUACAACAUCAAAAAGGCAUGCGGGGAUCCCAAAGCCAAGCCCUCGUACCUGAUUGACAAAAACCUCGAAUCUGCGGUCAAGUUCAUUGUAAGAAAGUUCCCAGCUGUGGAAACCCGCAACAAUAACCAACAGCUUGCACAGCUCCAAAAAGAAAAAUCAGAAAUACUAAAGAAUCUCGCUUUAUAUUACUUCACAUUUGUGGAUGUUAUGGAAUUUAAGGACCAUGUGUGUGAACUGCUGAACACUAUCGACGCUUGCCAAGUUUUCUUUGAUAUUACUGUAAAUUUUGACCUCACGAGGAACUACCUCGAUCUUGUUGUGACGUACACUACACUGAUGAUGCUGCUGUCUCGUAUUGAAGAGCGCAAAGCAAUCAUUGGCCUCUACAACUACGCGCAUGAGAUGACGCACGGAGCGAGCGAUCGGGAAUAUCCUCGGCUCGGACAGAUGAUCGUGGACUAUGAGAAUCCUCUGAAGAAGAUGAUGGAGGAGUUUGUUCCUCAUGGAAAGUCCCUUUCGGAUGCACUGAUCUCCCUACAGAUGGUUUACCCACGGCGUAAUCUCUCAGCUGACCAGUGGAGAAACGCUCAGCUUCUGAGCCUCAUCAGCGCCCCCAGCACCAUGCUGAACCCAGCGCAGUCUGAUACGAUGCCAUGUGAAUACUUGUCAUUGGACACUAUGGAGAAAUGGAUAGUGUUUGGGUUUAUCCUGUGCCACGCGGCUCUAAACAACGAUCCCACUGCCCUGAGUUUGUGGAAACUGGCCCUACAGAGCAGCUCCUGCCUCUGCCUCUUCAGAGAUGAGGUCUUCCACAUCCACAAAGCUGCCGAGGAUCUGUUCGUCAACCUCCGUGGCUACAACAAGCGCGUCAACGACAUCCGUGAAUGCAAAGAAGCAGCGCUGUCUCACGCAGGCUCAAUGCACAGGGAGAGGCGUAAAUUCCUGCGUUCUGCGCUGAAGGAACUAGCCACUGUGCUGGCAGACCAGCCAGGCUUACUCGGCCCGAAGGCUCUUUUUGUCUUCAUGGCUCUCUCGUUUGCUCGUGAUGAAAUCAUCUGGUUGCUCAGACACGCUGACAACAUUCAAAAGAAAAGCACAGAUGACUUUAUUGACAAGCACAUUGCUGAGCUGAUCUUCUACAUGGAGGAGCUGAGAGCCCACGUGAGGAAGUACGGCCCUGUCAUGCAGAGGUACUAUGUGCAGUAUCUGUCCGGCUUCGAUGCAGUCGUCCUCAAUGAGCUCGUUCAGAACCUCUCAGUGUGUCCAGAGGACGAGUCCAUCAUCAUGUCUUCCUUCGUGAAUACGAUGACUUCACUCAGUGUUAAACAAGUGGAGGAUGGAGAGGUGUUUGAUUUCCGAGGCAUGAGGCUGGACUGGUUCCGACUUCAGGCCUACACCAGCGUAUCCAAGGCGUCUCUGGGUAUCGCGGACCACCGGGAGCUGGGUAAAAUGAUGAAUACCAUCAUCUUCCACACCAAGAUGGUGGACUCUCUAGUGGAGAUGCUGGUGGAGACGUCAGACCUGUCCAUUUUCUGUUUCUACAGCCGGGCAUUUGAGAAGAUGUUCCAGCAGUGUUUGGAGUUGCCGUCUCAGUCGCGUUACUCCAUCUGCUUCCCUCUGCUCUGCACCCACUUCAUGAGCUGCACCCAUGAGCUCUGUCCUGAAGAGAGGCACCAUAUUGGUGAUCGCAGUCUGUCUCUGUGUAACAUGUUUCUGGAUGAGAUGGCCAAACAGGCUCGCAACCUUAUCACUGACAUCUGCACAGAGCAGUGCACCCUGAGUGACCAGCUACUGCCAAAACACUGCGCCAAAACCAUCAGUCAGGCCGUGAACAAAAAGUCCAAGAAGCAGACUGGGAAGAAGGGAGAGCCAGAGCGAGAGAAGCCUGGAGUGGAGAGCAUGAGGAAGAACAGAUUGCUUGUCACCAACUUGGAUAAGCUGCACACCGCACUGUCAGAACUUUGCUUCUCCAUCAACUAUGUACCCAACAUGGUGGUCUGGGAGCACACCUUCACCCCACGCGAGUAUCUGACCUCCCACCUGGAGAUCCGCUUCACCAAGUCCAUAGUUGGAAUGACCAUGUAUAACCAGGCCACACAGGAGAUUGCAAAGCCAUCUGAGCUCUUGACCAGCGUGCGAGCCUACAUGACUGUGCUGCAGUCCAUCGAGAACUAUGUCCAGAUUGACAUAACCAGAGUGUUUAACAAUGUGCUGUUGCAGCAGACACAACACCUGGACAGCCAUGGAGAGCCAACCAUCACCAGCCUCUACACUAACUGGUAUCUGGAGACUUUGCUUCGGCAGGUGAGCAACGGCCACAUAGCUUACUUCCCUGCCAUGAAAGCAUUCGUCAAUCUUCCAACUGAGAACGAGCUCACCUUCAAUGCCGAGGAGUAUUCUGACAUUUCUGAAAUGCGGUCGCUCUCUGAGCUUCUGGGUCCAUAUGGAAUGAAGUUCCUCAGUGAGAGCCUGAUGUGGCACAUCUCCUCCCAGGUGGCUGAGCUCAAGAAACUGGUGGUGGAGAACGUGGAGGUUCUGACCCAGAUGAGGACUAGCUUUGACAAACCUGACCACAUGGCAGCACUCUUCAAGAGACUCACAUCUGUGGACAGUGUGCUUAAGAGGAUGACCAUCAUUGGAGUCAUUCUGUCCUUCCGCUCGCUGGCACAGGAGGCGCUCCGAGAUGUUCUCUCCUGCCACAUUCCUUUCUUGGUCAGCUCUGUGGAGGAUUUUAAGGAUCACAUUCCCCGUGAAACAGACAUGAAGGUGGCCAUGAACGUGUAUGAGCUGUCCUCAGCAGCAGGUUUGCCCUGUGAGAUCGAUCCUGCUCUUGUUGUGGCUCUGUCCUCCCAAAAGUCUGAAAACAUCAGCCCCGAGGAGGAGUACAAGAUCGCCUGCCUGCUGAUGGUGUUUGUGGCCGUCUCUCUGCCGACCCUAGCGAGCAACGUCAUGUCUCAGUACAGCCCUGCAAUCGAAGGGCACUGCAACAACAUCCACUGCCUGGCGAAGGCGAUUAACCAGAUUGCUGCUGCUCUCUUCACCAUCCAUAAGGGCAGCAUUGAGGACCGUCUGAAGGAGUUCCUCGCCCUCGCCUCCUCCAGUUUGCUGAAGAUCGGUCAAGAGACGGACAAGACCACCACCAGGAAUCGCGAGUCUGUUUAUCUUCUCCUCGACAUGAUUGUUCAGGAGUCUCCGUUCCUCACCAUGGACCUGUUGGAGUCAUGUUUUCCGUAUGUGCUGCUCCGGAACGCAUACCACGCUGUCUACAAGCAGUCGGUAUCCGCUUCUGCGUGAGAGCUGACCAGUCACAUUCCCCAUACACACACACACACACACACACACACACACACACACACACACACACACACACACACACACACACACACACACAAUAUUCCUCUCUAACCAUUCUCAGUCUUACUGGAGCAACACUUCGUAUGGGAUCAAAUCUUCUUUAAAACUUAAAAAAAAAAAAAAAAAAUUAAAUAAAAAAAAACGUUAUUGACCAGGUAGAAGAAACUACAAGUUUUGUUUGUCAAAGAAUAGUAACACUGAAUAUAAUUUUUGGAUGUUUUUCUUGUUUUAAUAUACUUUUUUUUUUUUUUUUUUUUUUUUUUUUUUAAAGAGUGGGAUGUGGAAAGGGAAUUUGCAAUGGUUUAAAAGAAAAAAAACAAAAGUAUUUGAUUGUGCGUGUUGUGAGAGUGGGCUGGGGUGAUGUAAUAAAACACUAAAGCACCACGUUAUGCUAAAACGCUGUAAAACACUAUGAAACACAGUGAUUUCGGUGUCGUCCUAGCUCUAAUCUAUGUGGGUUAAUAUGCGCAUUCCUUCUCCGAAGUCUUUUUUUUUUUUAAUCACAAGUUUCAUGGUUUGUUUUUUUUUGACACAUUUGCCAAAAUAAUGAUAGGACACACAGCAUCUCAUUUGAUUAAGCAGAAAUGUGGGUAAUUACGUGUUCUAAAAGAUGCCUAUGGUGGUGUUUGUAUAAAGCAUAUUAUAAUUUUUUAACUAACUUUGGUGAUGCCUUGCAGAGACUCCAUUGUAACUUUGUGUGGUUAUGAUAAACAUUCGUACAUAUUUAUUGAAUGUUUAUAAGUUGCUCCUCCUUUCCCCUUUCCUCCCCUCCCUUCCGUAUUUCCCUUUUACCAAUUUUAUAUGUUUUUGAUUUUUUUUUUUUUUGGAGAUGACCAUGUAUCUUCCAUAACAUUAAAUAAACAUUGGGUCAUAUGCACUCGACCCUGUGUGCUGUC